AUGGAAAGGACCACGGCCAGCGGCUCCUUGCUGGGCGAGAUUGGUGCCAACGUGAAUGCUGCCAAGCUCCACGAGACCGCGCUCCACCACGCCGCCAAAGUGAAAAACGCCGAUUUGGUGGAGAUGCUGGUGGAAUUCGGAGGGAACUUCUACGCCCAGGACAAUCGAGGGAGGAAACCUUCCGAUUACAGUUGGAGCAGCCGGCCCACCGCGGAGCGUUUUGAGUAUUAUGAAAAAACGCCCCUGAGGCUGUCCCAUUUCUGUCGCCUCAGCCUUCGGAGAGCCUUCGGCCAGCGGGCCCUGGAGAAGAUCGCCAAGUUGCAGAUCCCCCAACGGUUUAUCGACUUCCUCUCCUACCAAUGACGAUCGAGGAAAAGCUGGCGUCGAGAGGCCGUGGGCCGGCACGCCUGAUGCUCGGAAUUCUUGGCUGCCUGCAUCUCGCCCGGGCCUCCAGUCGUAUCUCAAGUGCCAUGGAUGUACAUACUAUAGAUGAGACGCCCAAAAUUCAGGAGCCCCGUGCAGACGAAUUCUCGAGUAUUGCUGCAUUCCUUCACUCCCUGCAAUGCAGGAACACCGCGGACUCGAGCGUUUCGUUCCGGCUCCCUGUAAAAUAUGUUCAUCCUUGCAUGGCACGGCCGGGACCGAGAGGGAACGUCUGCUUGUUCUUAAACCGAUGCUGCUCGGCUCGCCCCGUUCACCGCUGACAUCGCAUUUGCACGCGAGUUGCGGGAUCAGCCCGCGCUAAUAGCAGCCUAGAGAGGCAGUGUGUGUGAUAUAAUGAUCAAAGUGUCAGACGGGAUCUGGGUUCCGAUUCCCGUAUGGCCCCGAAGGUUACUGCUUGGCACUGGGCCAAUCCCUUCGUCUCAUCUAAGCUGCCUUGCAGGGUUGUUGUGAGGAUAGAACAGGAUAGGGAAGUCUCCCUGAGAGCCAGUGUGGUGUAGUGGUUAAGAGCAGGCUGACUCUAAUCUGAAGAACCAAGUUUGAUUCCCCGUUCCUCUACAGGAGCGUCAGACUCUUAUCUGACAACCUGGGUUUGUUUCCCCGCUCCUCUGCAUGAAGCCUGCUGGGUGACUUAGGGGCUUUCCGCACUG